AGCAUCGCACGAGAGAACGCACGUUGCGUACGCACGCAGGCCUGUUAAAGCAAAGCGGAGAGGAAAGUGUGCAUGUACGCUGCGGGUCGCGUCGCGUCGCACCCGUGCCGUGUCCAUCCACCGGAGAUUAUCCUUUCGUUCGGAUAAUAUAUCCUGCCAUGGUAGCCGCCGCGAGCGCGUCUCGGUCGCGACACAAGAGGCACGUCGCUGCGCCGCUCUAGCUUUAGGGGCCCGAUCGACCGCAAGAUGCGAGAGGUUCGUUCUCGGGAGAGCAUUCUCGCGGUAAGUAACUCGCGACGACGACAACAACGAUAUCGUCGUCGUCGAGGAGACGACGGCGGUCCGUGUCUCUUGUUUCUCCCUCUCUCGUUAAACUAGCACGCGCAGCCUGACUCUUCUUCGUCCCCCCGCCAUUAAACCCGUUCGCUUACGGCGGCAUUCCCGAGAGAUUCGAGGACGACGGGGGCGAGCACGCCGCGAUCGUCCUCCGGAGUCCGGAGGACCGCGGGCGAGAGAGGACCGUUAUGUCGACGCGCAUCUAUAGACCGUCGUGUUCCGGUCGAUACGGUGGCACCCGACGUGGUUCGUCCCGUCCGUGGCGCUGACUUUCGAGGGAGACGGACGGCACCGACGCACCCGCCGAUCGCGAAACGACGCCGCCGCUCGUCGCGUCCCACGGGAUCGUUCCAGGAGAUGGUCGCGUGCCACGAUAACGAAUUCGGGUGAAUAGAUCACGAACGACGCGCGAUCGCAACCUCUCUCUCUCUCUCCCCCCCUUUUCCUGACAAGUGGCUCGUUUCGACUUGGGCUUGGUUCGUUCUCGGGUUCGGUGUGUGAUGCGAGGAUACCUCUCCUCUUGGUGAUAUUAUCGAGGGGAAAUCAUGUGAAUACGAAAAUAGUGUCGGAGAAGAGAAAAUCAAACACGUGCUGCUUGCAUUUAGUGAGGCAGUUUUGCCAUGUUUGGCGUUUCAAUAACAGCUGAGAAGUGAAAGUCAGUGUCGCAGAAUGGUGGUGGAUUGCCUGUCGAUCCAGACCUCAGCAACUGCAGUAAGGAAGCAGGAGCGAAGGUUGGGUGGCACAGUUGGUGCAAAGAUGCAACCGAACAGUGGUGGUGGAGGAUGUGGAAUGACACCAAAAGAGCUCUCUGACAAUGACGACUUGGCCACGUCUCUCGUGCUAGAUCCCUACUUAGGAUUCACCACCCAUAAAAUGAAUAUCAGAUAUAGACCAUUAAAGGCAAAUAAAGAUGAACUUCGAAAAAUUAUCUGCGAAUUUAUUCAAACUCAAAAUUAUGAGAAAACAUAUAAAAAAUUAAUGGGUGGAGACUGGGGUGCACGACUUCCUCAUACAAAAUCUAAGCAACAGCAGAUCAAUUUAGAAAAUCACAUCAAGCGAUAUUUGCGAGUUUUUGAUAAGGAUUCCGGAUUCGCGAUAGAGCCGUGCUACAGAUACAGCCUAGAGGGACAAAAGGGUGCUAAGAUAUGUGCUACCCGAAAAUGGAUGAAGCACGAGAAAAUCUCCUGCCUUGUCGGUUGCAUAGCAGAACUAAGUGAAAAGGAGGAAGCUGCAUUGCUGCAUCCUGGAAAAAAUGACUUCUCUGUGAUGUUUAGUUGUCGAAAGAACUGUGCCCAAUUAUGGUUAGGGCCUGCUGCUUAUAUAAACCAUGACUGUAGAGCGAAUUGUAAGUUUGUGCCGACGGGAAGAGACACGGCGUGCGUCAAGGUGUUGCGCGACAUUGAGGUGGGCGAAGAGAUCACGUGUUUCUACGGGGAGGAUUUUUUCGGCGACGGUAAUUGUUACUGCGAAUGCGAGACUUGCGAGAGACGAGGGAAAGGCGCUUUCGCGAAUCAGAAGCCAGGCGAGGAACUGUCAUCCGGUUAUCGUCUGAGAGAAACGGAUAAUCGAAUUAAUCGGACCAAACAUCGACAGCAACCGUUGAAUAGGAAUAAACAGCAAGCUGAUACCGCUCUUACCGAGCGAAAUGCAGUUCUGGUUGGAAAUGCAGUGGUCGCGCCACAUUCUCUCAGUAUGAAGGAAUUGCGACGUAAAGGACUCACCAAGUACGAUGCCGAGUUGCUGAUCGCGCAGGGUUGUCGUUUCUCCGAUAUCAAUCAGCAACAACCGGCUAUCAACAACGGCGAGAACGUACUGCAGACUCGACCGCAUCCUUCUGCGGUCACGACUUCCGUCACGAGGAGUCUCCGUAACAAACAGAUGUGCAAAUUCGAUGGCAGUACUGAUGACGGGAGUGCUCUCAAAAAUACUCAGUCGCUCAGAACAUCCAGGCUUCACAAGAGAACGGAAUCAAAGAAGGGGAAGAUUAGUAUGAAGUCUGUAUCGGUCUGUCUCGGCAAUUCGGUUGCGAAAGAUGCGGAAGUGCCGAAUAUCAGUCAUCGAAAAGAGGAUUCAGAUAGAGUACCCGAAGAGAGUCUAUAUUCGCGAUUACAAAAGCAUCUUGUCACGGAGAUAAAUCGCGAUCUUUACGUGGAAGAUUCACGACGGCGUACCGAGACGGACGAAUCCUCGACCGAAGCCUGUCCACUACGACUGACAAAGAUGGAGGAUGAGUCCAAUGUUGGUGAUGACUUGAUGGAGGACGAACGGGGAAUACCGAACCUCAUCGCGGAAGUCGAACCCAAUAUAGUAAAUAAUAUUAAUUCUUCCAGUUACAAAAAGGGACAAUAUAGUACAAACGCCUGUGAUUCAAUCCGAUUAAAUUCCAUGUCUCAGACCCAUGUGCAACAGCGCUUACAUACCGCAGAAUUGAUUCCUGACGACACGAAUUGUCGCUCGAGGGACUAUCGCCGUUCUUCGUCACCUAUGCGGGAUAAGGAAGGCGAAAAUGAUCCUUAUAACAUAAAUAAUUGUCUCAAUAAACUUUCCAAAUCUCGCAGCAAACGAUUCUCCUCGACAGACGAGAAAGAUCAUAAGACGCUGAACGAGGACUCAUCUUGCGAGGACGAUGAUACACCAUCGCUGAUGGAAGAAAAGAAAGCUCUGCGACAGGCUGAUUUCCGGCAUAAUGAUGUCUUGUACGAAUCAAGCUCUCGAUCAGAUGACGAAUGUUGCGAUAUAAACUCCGCGAAGGUAAUCGUGGUGCAGAAGUAUGCUAUGGAGAAAGAUAUGGAGAGUGAAGACUGCGGGAGUCCGAUUGCCGUUGACGCGACGGCGGAUCGUAAUCGCACGGACAGUGUCGAGUUUUGUGGACUGAAUUCUGAGGAAGUUAUAGAAAUGAAAACUAGUAUUGAGAACGUCUUAAAAUGUUAUAGUAGUACGGUUCCGAGCCAAGAAGAGGAGGAAGAAGAGGAGGAAGAAGAGGAGGAAGAGGAGAGCGUCGUGAUGAAACGUGAUGCAUAUAUCGCAAAUGUCGAGACUGACGUCAAAUCUGAAGUGACGAUGUUACGCGCAAUCGAGAUAGACUCUAGAGUUCAUAUUAGGGAAGAAUCAGGAAAGAACGCGGCAGACUUUAAUAAUGUACAAACUGGCACAGACUAUAACAACGAUCUAACAGGCCAUAGGAAUUUUCAGGACAAUCACGAUCCCUCGUCGAUAAAGAGAUCCAGGCGAAAAGAUUACGCGUUGGAAAUCGCGUCCUCGAAAUCGUCUCGCAAGUCGCAGAAGAAACUCUCGAGCACUAAGUCCAAGUUCGGAGUAUGGACAGAAGAUGCUCAGGAUGACGGUGUGGACGCGAAGAAUCAUGGCAAAACGGGAAAAAGCAAGAACAAAUCAACUAAGAGGAGAGAUCGGCAAAGAUCGGCGACGACCGAUAUCGGGGAGGCCGAUGACGAUUCGGGCAUCCAGGGUGAUAUCUACGAGUUUAGCGAGAAGGAGAGUAAUUUGGAGGACAUUGGAAUACUAUCUAUAAUAAGACGCGGCAAACACGAGUCUCGUCAUGCAUCUUCCUCUACAUCGCCUGUGUCAGAGAUGCAGUGUAACGACGAGUACAGUAAAGCCGAGCCGCCGGUGUUGGUUCCGGAGGAACCGUGGCCUCCGAUUGAUUCGUCGGCUCGGAACGAGCAUAGUGCGGAUUCCAAUAACAGUAUUCAAGUGGAAGAGAACUGUGAUGUCGAAGAGAGCUUGGAGAGAUUAACAGCCUAUGAAAACAACAGCAGUACGCAAAAAUCAAGCUCGAUCCAAUCUUCCGAGUGUCAAUGGCAAACGAGCAAUUCGAGCGAUUGUCGAGUUUGGCCUGUCACGCCGGAGAAACCCAGCCGUGGUCUCAAGCUGACGUUGCGCAUGAAGCGGUCAUGUCCGCUUCUGGAGGACAAUGUUGAAUCCGGCACUAGCCUGAGCGAGGACAGUUACGAGCCUGAAUACGAGGUAUUACGCGUCGAGGGGUUGGAGAGGCGCAAACGUCGGAAGAAACACAAGAGUAGAGACCGUGAGAGACGGCACAAGAAAUCGCGCGAGCUGAACCUCGAUCCGCCGCCGCCGCCCAUGAAGAGAUUACGCUUGAUUCUCGGCAACGAGACACGCACUAUUGAUCUAACGCACUCUUAACAGCUAUAAUUCCUCCUUUUCCCAUUCCUUCGACUCCUCCCCCCCCCCCCCCCCUCUCUCCCUCGUCACGACGCGCGUGUAAUAUCAAUUUCGCACAUUACGACAGACUAUCUUUUGAAAUAUAAUUAAAGGAAGAUCACACAUAUACAUACACCACUUCAGGAAAUUUUAGGCCUCUUCGUCCUAUGACACGCGACAGCAAGUUCAUAUCGUACUUGAAGAUACUUUUCUCACGAUUAAACUUGGUUUAGAAA